UCAACUAGUUAAUUAUAAUGCUGUUAAGUUUUUAUAGGAUUAGUCUAUUCUAUAAUCAUUACGCCGUGAAAUAACAAGUGAAUUUGUAGUGGCAACAUUAAAAUGCAAGCUCAAUCACAGGCUAGCACAGAAACCUGGAUAAUUUCACCCCCGGUACGGUACGAAGAAGAUGCGAAACAGUUUUCAACAACAAUUAAGGUUGAACAGCGAGAUACUUCCGAAACCAUACCGCACAUGAAUUGCACGCAAAGUAAUAAAACAAUUGCAGAAGAUACAACCUUCCCAACAAAUGCACAUACAAGAGACGAUACGGGAGAAUAUUCGUUUGUUGAUGAGAUCGAAAUAGGCGAAACGACGAUUGUGUCCUCGCUAGGCGAGCAUGUGGAAGUAAAGAUGGAAUAUAUUUCAAGUGAUGAAUCUUCUGUCGAACAGAAGAUACACGAUGGAAAUAAAACUUCCAGUCGUGAAGCACAAAACAAACCGCAUACGGCUGUAACAAACAUGGAGAAUAAAAAGCUCCCCUACAAGUGUGAGUUCUGCGAAUCAUCGUUCUUCAAUACCCGUCAGCUUAGCAAUCACCGGCGAAACCAUCAGCUGGAAGAGUGUCCAGUUUGCAGGAAAACGAUUAUAUUUCGAUACCUGAAGGAACAUAUUGCGCUAAACCACCCGAAGGCGGAUAUCCUAUCCGACAAGCGACUCUACAAGUGUGAUCAAUGCGAAAAGAUUUUCCAUUGCAAAACGCUUCUAAUCGAUCAUCAGCGCAACCAUCAGACGAAAGAGUGCCCCAUCUGCAAGCAGAUGAUAAAACUGCGCGUACUGAACAUGCAUAUGGCACGCAAGCAUUCCGCACACGUGCCACUGUCCGAGCGGCAUGCAUUUCAAUGCGAUCAGUGCGAUAAAUCGUUUGUGUCGAAACCGCAACUGGUUGAUCAUCAGCGUGAUCAUAUGGUGAAAAACUGUCCUGAGUGCGGCACGAAGAUAAUGGCACGUUGUUUGAAGAAGCACAUGGCAAGGAAACAUCCACCCGGUGGUGGAAAUGAUAAUAUGGUGCGGCUGUACAAAUGCGAAUGGUGCGAGAAAUCUUAUGCUAACAAAAGUUCACUUUUGUUCCAUCAAGCGAAUCACGAACAGAUGCUUUGCAACCCAAUUUUUCUAAGCCCCGAUUGCGAUAAACUUCGUCGUAACAACUAA